AUGGCGUCCAACACCACCAUCAUCUUCGUGCCUGGCGCAUGGCAUCCUGCAUCCUGCUGGGAUAAAGUAGCAAAACAUCUCGAACAGGCUGGAUUCAACACAGACCUUGUCGACUUACCCUCCGUCGGUCCGCCAGAGCACCUCAAAGGCUUCGAACCUGAUGUCGAGGAAGUCCGACGCCAUGUGAUCGCCGCUGGUGACGCUGGUCAAAAGGUCGUGCUGGUGUGCCAUUCGUACGGCGGACUUCCCACGACGCAGUCAGUCGAAGGCUUGGACUUGAAGACUCGUCAAACAAGAGGCCAGCCAGGAGGAAUUGUCCACCUUGUCUAUUGCUGCUCUUUUGUGAUCCCAGAAGGCGAAUCGCUCAUCGGUGCUUUCGGUGGCAACGAUCUCCCCUGGUUUAUCAUCUCCGACGACAAGAUGCAAUACUUCCCCAACGGACCCGAGACGGUCUUCUACAACGACAUGAGCGAAGAAGACGCCAAGUCAGCGACGGCGAUGCUCAAGCCGCACAGCUACCAGACUGCCCACAGUCGCCUUACGUAUGCUGGGUGGAAGCAUGUGCCGAGCACGUACAUCUAUUGCUUGAAGGACAAUGCCAUCCCGAUCGUGGUGCAGAAGAUGAUGGUGGAACAGACGGCCAAGGGGUAUGGAGUGAGGACAGAGACGCUGGAUGCUUCGCACAGUCCGUUUUGGAGUAUGCCCAAGGAGACGGCGGAGGCGAUUCAGAGGGCGGCGGAGAGUUGA